AUGAAGAUCAGCCAGAUCUACAUCUACCCCAUAAAAUCCCUCCGCGGCGUCCCUGUCUCAAGCGCCGAAGCAACGCGUACGGGGUUCAAAUAUGACAGGCGUUUUAUGCUGCUCAAGGUCGUUCCGGCUGAAGGUGCCGAGGGUGGAACAACGCUGAAGAACAUGCACGUCCCGCAUUUCCCGGAGAUGGCGCUGUUUCAGACGGAGUUGUUGUUACCGGGGUCUGGGUCUAGUUCUGAUGAUUCCCAGGGGAGGGUGAGGGUUACAUUCAAGGGAGGAGAGAGAGGGGAGAAGAGCCUGUCUACGCCUACGCCGAAUGGGCGUGUGACUCGAAGCCUGAGUGCAAACGGGCACGGAGGGAAAGCAGAACCAGGACUCGGAGGAACAACCCUCGACAUCCCGCUUACGCCAGACACGCGCGGUCUCGAGGAACUCGCCGUCAUGAUGCACAAGUCGCCUACAAAGGGGUAUAACAUGGGGGCGCGGUGCAACGCCUGGUUCAGCGAGCGGUUCGGAUACGAUGUUGUCCUCGCAUACUUGUCCGAGGAGAACUGGCGCGGCGUGCUGGGCACAUUCCCGCCUGCGAAGCACUUUGCGCACAAAGCUUAUCUCGGAUCCAGUCCGUGGGCGACGGCGACGGCGACGGUCAGGGAUCCGUGGAUCGUCAUCGCGGGGUUUGUGCUUGUGGCUGUGCUUGCGGUUGUGUUGGAGCUUAGGUCGGGACUAACGGUUUUUGCGAACAAGACUGUGCAGCUUGUUUCUGGGGCACUUAUUAUGGGCGGAUAUCUGGGGUGGUUUUAUAUCAGGGGGGAGCAGCUGAAGAAUGAGCGGAUUACCUUUGCCGAUGCGGCGCCGUAUAUGGUUGUGUCGGAGACGUCGGUGGCGAAUGUCUCGGAGCGGUUGGAAGGGGAGGAGAUGGAUGUGCGCAAGUUCCGGGCAAAUGUUGUUGUUGAGGGAGCAGAGACGGCCUUUGAGGAGGACUUUUGGGCCGAGCUUGUCGUGGGCAAGUCUGAGGAUAAAAAGUCAGGUGUUCGCCUGCUGCUGACGGCCAACUGUGUGCGGUGUCGCAGCUUAGAUGUGGACUAUGCAACGGGCAAGAUGGGCGAGGGCGAGUCCGGUAAAGUGCUGAAGAAACUCAUGGCGGAUCGCAGGGUGGAUUCGGGAGCCAAGUAUAGCCCCGUCUUUGGGCGGUAUGGGUUCCUGGUUGCAAGGUCGGACUCGAAGACGGUGCGGGUUGGCGAUGAGGUUGUGGUGGCGAGGCGCAUGCAGGAACGGUCGGUCUACGAUUGGCCUGGUCUGGCAUAG